UGUCAACAGUACAGCACAAAGCUAUGUCAGCUGCAACCCAUAUCUAAGCUCAGAAGUCCAGAGAGGGAAAGCAGACGUAACACAGGAGUCUUGGCUAAAAGAGAUUGUAGGACAUAGAAAUGCCUUGGAAAUUUGAUAGAAAGCUACAAAAGACAAAAAUGGAACAAUAAUGGAUUACUGCCCAGCAGUAUUGUAAAAUCUAUUAGCCUUGAUUUGUUUUCUCCUUGAGUCAAUGUGACACAGGAGUGAUCCAUCUCUCAGCAUUUGAAGCGGAUCAUGCCCCCUAGAUAGCAGUCUUGUCCUCGUCAUUACCCCCCUGGUCCCUUCCUAAAUAUUUUGGCUCUGAGUCCACCACUGCCACGUGUGUUACCGAAGCCACCAUGCCCCCAAGGAAGAGGACAAGGGCGGGCCUGGGGUUCCUGUGCUGCUUCGGCAGCAGUGAACCGCCAGAGAUUAACCUAAAGGACAGUGUGCCCUUGCAGCUACUGGAAUUCAGUGCCCCCAUGCCACCCGCCGAAGAGCUGCAUGCUCGGUUCUCCGAGCUGGUGGAUGAGUUGGAUUUGACUGAUAAGAAUAGAGAGGCCAUGUUCGCUUUGCCGGAUGAAAAGAAAUGGCAGAUCUACUGCAGUAAAAAAAAGGAGCAAGAGGACCCGAACAAGCUGGCUACAAGCUGGCCUGACUACUACAUUGACCGAAUCAACUCCAUGGCUGCUAUGCAGACCCUGUUUGCCUUUGAUGAGGAGGAAAUGGAAAUGAGGAACAAGGUGGUGGAAGAUCUGAAGACAGCGCUUCGGACUCAGCCAAUGAGGUUUGUGACGCGCUUCAUUGAGCUGGAUGGCCUCACCUGCCUCCUCAACUUCCUACGCAGCAUGGACUACGAGACCUCGGAGAGCCGCGUCCACACCUCCGUCAUCGGGUGCAUCAAGGCUCUCAUGAACAAUUCUCAGGGUCGGGCGCACGUGCUCGCUCACCCACAGAGCAUCAACACCAUCUCACAGAGCUUGCGAACAGAGAACGUAAAGACCAAAGUGGCCGUCCUGGAGAUUCUUGGGGCAGUGUGUCUGGUCCCCGACGGGCACAAGAAAGUGUUACAGGCCAUGGCUCACUACCAAAAAUAUGCAGCAGAGAGGACUCGUUUUCAGACGCUGCUGAAUGAGCUGGACAGGAGUACGGGACGCUACAGAGAUGAGGUCAACUUGAAGACUGCUAUUAUGUCCUUCAUCAACGCUGUGCUCAAUGCGGGAGCAGGAGAGGACAACCUUGAGUUCCGCCUCCACCUGAGGUACGAAUUCCUGAUGCUGGGCAUCCAGCCAGUUAUUGACAAGCUUCGAGAGCAUGAAAACGCCACUCUGGAUCGGCAUUUGGAUUUUUUUGAAAUGGUACGCAAUGAGGAUGACUCAGAGUUGGCCAAAAGGUUUGACAUGACCCAUGUAGACACCAAAAGUGCCAGUGCCAUGUUUGAGCUGGUUAAAAAGAAGCUGAGCCACUCUGAGGCCUACCCACACCUCCUCUCCAUCCUCCAGCACUGCCUGCAGAUGCCAUAUAAGCGUGGUGGAAGCAGCAUGCAUCACUGGCAGCUUCUUGACAGGAUCCUCCAGCAGCUAGUCCUCCAGGACGACAAGGGGGAGGAUCCCGACCUUUCCCCGCUGGACAACUUCAAUGUUAAAAACAUAAUUCGCAUGCUGGUCAAUGAGAAUGAGGUGAAACAGUGGAGAGACCAGGCCGAGAAGUUCCGAAAAGAUCAUGUCGAGCUGCUUGGCAAACUGGAGAGGAAGGAGCGAGAGUGUGAGACCAAGACCCAGGAAAAAGAGGACAUGAUGAGGACUCUAAACAAGAUGAAGGAUAAACUCCAGCGUGAGGGGGUGGAGCUACGCUCAGCUCGGGAACAAGUCCUGGAUCUAUCAACACGCAUCAAUGACUGUAGUUUGGUGGGCAGCGUGUCUUUCCCACCUCCUCCUCCUCCAGGAGCUCCCAUGGCUGCGCCUCCAGCGCCAAUGAUGGCUGGCUUUCCUCCACCUCCUCCUCCACUGUCCUUCAGUUGCCCACCUCCACCACCACCACCUCCCCCACCUGGCGCCCCACCUCCUCCACCAGGAGCCCCUCCCAUUUUUGGAAUCCCGCCUCCCCCUAUUCCCUCUUCUUUCAAUUCGGCGAGCACGCUGCGCUCCAAGUCCAUCCCCCAGCCGUCGCAUCCGCUGAAAUCUUUCAACUGGGCUAAACUAGGAGAGCAUAUGAUCAAUGGCACUAUCUGGAAUGAUAUUGAUGACCUGAAAGCUUUUAAGAUCCUUGACCUCAAGGACAUAGAAAAGAUGUUUUCAGCCUAUCAAAGACAACAGGACCUGCUCACUAACCAAUCCUUCAAGCAGAAGGAGACCGGUUCCAUGGAUGACAUAUAUGUCAGCACGCGGAAAGUCAAGGAGCUCUCAGUCAUUGAUGGCCGACGCGCGCAAAACUGUGUCAUCCUUCUUUCAAAGUUAAAAAUGAGCAAUGAAGAGAUGAAGAGGGCAAUCCUAGAGAUGGAUGAGCGAGAAGAAUUGGCCAAAGAUAUGCUGGAGCAGUUGCUGAAGUUUGUCCCGGAGAAGAGUGACAUUGAUCUCCUGGAGGAGCACAAACAUGAGCUAGAGCGCAUGGCCAGAGCGGAUCGCUUCCUGUAUGAAAUGAGCAGAAUUGACCACUACCAGCAGAGACUGCAGGCUCUGUUCUUUAAGAAGAAGUUUGCAGAGCGCCUUGCUGAAUCCAAACCAAAGGUAGAAGCCAUUCUGAAUGCUUCCAAGGAGGUGGUCCGGAGCAAGAGGCUCACGCAGAUCCUGGAGGUUGUGCUCGCCUUCGGCAACUUCAUGAACAAGGGCCAGCGAGGAAAUGCCUUUGGGUUCAAGGUCUCCAGUCUCAAUAAGAUUGCUGACACCAAGUCCAGCAUAGAUAGGAACAUCACCAUGUUGCACUACCUGAUCAUGAUCUUCGAGAAGAACUACCCUGACACGCUGCACAUCCAUCUGGACCUCAGCAGCAUAUCAGAGGCUGCAAAAGUCAAUUUGGCAGAGUUGGAAAAAGAGGUGCAUAGUAUAAAAAGUGGACUGAAGGCUCUCGAGGCGGAGCUGCACUACCAGCAGAGCAGGACGAGGGAACGUGGAGAUAAGUUUGUAGCUGUGAUUGGUGACUUCAUCACCGUGGCUGGCUUCAGUUUCUCUGAACUGGAGGAUCAGUUGAGCGAGGCCAAGGACAAGUUCACCAAAUCUCUGAAGCACUUUGGGGAGGACGAAGGGAGGAUGCAGCCCGACGAGUUCUUUGGGAUUUUCGACACCUUCUUGCAGUCGUUCGGCGAGGCCCGUCAAGACCUGGAAAACAUGCAGCGACGCAAGGACGAGGAGGAGAGGAGGGCGCGCAUGGAGGCCAUGCUCAAGGAGCAGCGGGAGCGGGAACGCCGGCCCAAGAAGAGCGGCACCUCAGACGAGGUCGGAGGGGAAUUUGACGACCUGGUGUCGGCGCUGCGUUCGGGCGAGGUUUUCGACAAGGACCUGAACAAAUUCAAACGCAACCGCAAGCGCUCCGUCAACCAGCUGGUGGAGGGCGGUGGCGGAGGCGGGCGGGAACGAGCCGUCACAAAGGUCAACUACUAGGAGGUCAGGAAAAACCGAGACGCCCUAAGCUCGGCCCCGAUGCGGAUCUCACGUGGUCCGAGUUCUCCGACUGUGUCCAAACAUGCGAACGACCUGGCCCCACCCACAACCACCCCCGGACGUUACGUGAUCUCCUGAUCUGGACGCAGGGCAGGCGGGCUCGUGGGCGCAAACCACUGUGACACAUCAUCACGUGACUUUGACCACUGUGCUUAAGCUUCUCGCCAUCUGUCACUUCCUGUUUGUCACCGCUUCUUCCCAAAAAACUGUUUCACUUCGUCCCCCGUCUGGGAUCACGUGCGCGCAGACGAAAACCAAGAACGCUUUGGGAAUGAAGCGAAACCACAUCUGGGAACCAUCGAGUCGGGAUGGAAGAUCUUCAAAUUGCCAGUGAGGAACGGUGCAGCUGGCGGUCACGUGACCUCAGUGUGUUCUCAGUGCAGCGUCAAUGUGUCAAAUGUCCACAACAUUGUUCCGGCAUCAAGCAGUGCCAAAGCAGAAGAAACGUGUCCAUGUAUUCGGAAACCAUCUUGCAAUUCGGCAUUUCUAUUUAUAGCAAAAGCAUUUUGAAAAUGUUUUUUUUUUUUUUCAUGGCAUUUGGGGGGUUUUGCACACUCAAAUCGAGUGAAUUUCUAUUUUUCUUUUGUCUCGUUUGCACUGCAGCUUGUCUUGUCUUGCCAGGAAAGUUAGUGCGCGUCCUCUCCUCUCCCCCGCCAACAAACCAGCCUGCGUGGUCCACUUUACUAAUGGGCCUUAAUUAAGCUUCUCAAUUCAAAAUAGCUAGCCUCGGGUCUGAGCCGUCAGUCGAAUUUUUAACACCACCAGCGAGAUUGCGCCGAGCUGCCAUUGCACGUCUAUGCUUGUUGCAAUGUCAUUGGCCUUCACAGAUUCCUAUAUAGUCUAGAAAUGGUGCACAUGAGAGACGACGACAUUGCAACAAGCAUAGACAAAAAGAAAAAAAAGAGCUGCUUGUUUGUAUGUCACUCAUCCUAUUUUACCGCUGCAAACAUGGGUUGGUUACAACACUUUUUUGAAGUUCUGAUAGAAUGUAAUAUUUCUAAAAUCUUAGUUAAUGUGCUAAAUGCUGCAAUGUGUGUAUGUGGUGGGCUCAUUGCAAGCGCCAUCUAGUUUGUUACCACUAGAGGGCACCAUGUUCACUAAAGCCAGAGCGUAGAGGAUAGCUGACAAUGGAAGGAUAUGAUACUGUAAUGUAACAUCGGCACAGAAUGUGAGAUGCCCUCCUUUAUGUGACACAAGCUCGACCCUCAUCAUUCAUUACUCUCUUUCAACACAAAAAUAAUACAGCCAAUAUUCAGUUUGACUUGAAUAUCUUGAUAGGAUUUGCACAACGUAUUGUUUUGAAGCUUGCUUCAAGCGCUUCCGAGCACACGUCCCAAAUGCACGUGACUCAACAAGCAUUUGGUAUUAAUCCCUCAUACAGUUUUAUGAUGAGAAAAGAAGGCACCAUAUUUUCUGAUGUUUCUAACACAUGUUGUAAUGUUGCCGUCAGCUUCUUUUUGACCACAUAAUCACCUUGAAGUGCCUCCGACAAGUACCAUUCCUCUUACUGUGUGGGGCUGCUAAUGGAUGACAGUACAUGUUUUUUUUGGGGGGGGGGG